GGCGAGCCAUGGCUGGGAUUUUCUAUUGCGUCUUCUUUUCGUUUCUCUUUGGGAUUUGCGACGCUGUCACCGGUUCCAGGGUGUACCCGGCUAAUGAAGUUACCUUGUUGGACUCCAGAUCCGUUCAGGGAGAACUAGGGUGGAUAGCAAGCCCUUUGGAAGGAGGGUGGGAGGAAGUGAGUAUUAUGGAUGAAAAAAAUACACCGAUCCGAACCUACCAAGUGUGCAACGUGAUGGAACCCAGCCAAAAUAACUGGCUACGAACUGAUUGGAUCACCCGUGAAGGGGCUCAGAGAGUGUACAUUGAAAUUAAGUUCACAUUGAGGGACUGCAAUAGCCUUCCGGGUGUCAUGGGGACUUGCAAGGAGACUUUUAACCUGUACUACUAUGAAUCAGACAACGACAAAGAGCGUUUCAUCAGAGAGAGCCAGUUUGCCAAGAUCGACACCAUCGCUGCCGAUGAGAGCUUCACUCAAGUGGACAUUGGCGACAGAAUCAUGAAGCUGAACACCGAGAUCCGGGAUGUAGGGCCACUGAGCAAAAAGGGGUUUUACUUGGCUUUUCAGGAUGUGGGGGCAUGCAUAGCCCUAGUCUCGGUCCGCGUGUUCUAUAAGAAGUGUCCACUCACCGUUCGCAACCUGGCCCAGUUUCCUGACACCAUCACAGGGGCUGAUACGUCUUCCCUGGUGGAAGUUCGAGGCUCCUGUGUCAACAACUCAGAAGAGAAGGAUGUGCCAAAAAUGUACUGUGGGGCAGAUGGUGAAUGGCUGGUACCCAUUGGCAACUGCCUAUGCAAUGCUGGGCAUGAAGAGCGGAAUGGAGAAUGCCAAGCCUGCAAAAUUGGGUAUUACAAGGCUCUCUCCACGGAUGCCACCUGUGCCAAGUGCCCACCCCACAGCUAUUCUGUCUGGGAAGGCGCCACCUCCUGCACCUGUGACCGGGGCUUUUUCAGAGCCGACAAUGAUGCUGCCUCCAUGCCCUGCACCCGCCCACCAUCUGCUCCUCUCAACUUGAUUUCAAAUGUUAAUGAGACAUCGGUGAACUUGGAAUGGAGCAGUCCUCAGAACCCAGGUGGCCGUCAGGACAUUUCCUACAAUGUGGUCUGUAAGAAAUGUGGAACUGGUGACCCCAGCAAGUGCCGACCCUGUGGGAGUGGAGUCCAUUUUACCCCACAGCAGAAUGGCCUGAAGACCACCAAAGUCUCCAUCACUGACCUCCUAGCUCAUACCAACUACACAUUUGAAAUCUGGGCGGUGAAUGGAGUGUCCAAGUAUAACCCUAGCCCCGAUCAAUCAGUUUCCGUCACUGUGACAACCAAUCAAGCAGCACCAUCAUCCAUUGCUUUGGUCCAGGCUAAAGAAGUAACAAGAUACAGUGUUGCAUUGGCUUGGUUGGAACCAGAUCGGCCCAAUGGGGUGAUCUUGGAGUAUGAAGUCAAAUAUUAUGAGAAGGAUCAGAAUGAGCGAAGCUAUCGCAUUGUCCGGACGGCUGCCAGGAACACAGAUAUCAAAGGCCUGAACCCUCUGACUUCCUAUGUUUUCCACGUGCGAGCCCGGACCGCUGCUGGCUAUGGGGACUUCAGUGAACCUCUGGAGGUCACAACCAACACAGUGCCUUCCCGGAUCAUUGGAGAUGGGGCCAACUCUACAGUCCUUCUGGUCUCCGUUUCAGGCAGUGUGGUGCUGGUGGUCAUUCUCAUUGCGGCUUUUGUUAUCAGCAGGAGGCGAAGUAAAUACAGUAAAGCAAAACAGGAAGCGGAUGAAGAGAAACAUUUGAAUCAAGGUGUUAGAACUUAUGUGGAUCCCUUUACAUACGAAGAUCCCAACCAAGCGGUUCGAGAAUUUGCCAAAGAAAUCGACGCAUCCUGCAUUAAGAUUGAAAAAGUCAUAGGAGUCGGUGAAUUUGGCGAAGUAUGCAGUGGGCGUCUUAAAGUGCCUGGCAAGAGAGAGAUCUGCGUGGCCAUCAAGACUCUGAAAGCUGGUUAUACAGACAAACAGAGGAGGGACUUCCUGAGUGAGGCCAGCAUCAUGGGACAGUUUGACCACCCUAACAUCAUUCACUUGGAAGGGGUCGUCACCAAAUGUAAACCAGUAAUGAUCAUAACAGAGUACAUGGAGAAUGGUUCCUUGGAUGCAUUCCUCAGGAAGAAUGAUGGCAGAUUUACGGUCAUUCAGCUGGUGGGCAUGCUUCGUGGCAUUGGGUCUGGGAUGAAGUAUUUAUCUGAUAUGAGCUAUGUGCAUCGAGAUCUGGCCGCCAGAAACAUCCUGGUAAAUAGCAACUUGGUCUGCAAAGUGUCCGAUUUUGGCAUGUCCCGAGUACUUGAGGAUGAUCCUGAAGCAGCUUAUACCACCAGGGGUGGCAAGAUUCCUAUCCGGUGGACUGCGCCAGAAGCAAUUGCCUAUCGUAAAUUCACAUCAGCAAGUGAUGUAUGGAGCUAUGGAAUCGUUAUGUGGGAAGUGAUGUCGUACGGAGAGAGACCCUACUGGGAUAUGUCCAAUCAAGACGUGAUUAAAGCCAUUGAGGAAGGCUAUCGGCUCCCGCCGCCAAUGGACUGCCCCAUUGCACUCCACCAGCUGAUGCUAGACUGCUGGCAGAAGGAGAGAAGCGACAGGCCUAAAUUUGGGCAGAUUGUCAACAUGUUGGACAAACUCAUCCGCAAUCCCAACAGCUUGAAGAGAACGGGGACCGAGAGCUCCAGACCCAACACUGCCUUGUUGGAUCCAAGCUCUCCUGAAUUCUCUGCUGUGGUAUCGGUGGGUGAUUGGCUCCAGGCCAUUAAAAUGGACCGGUAUAAGGAUAACUUCACAGCCGCUGGUUAUACCACGCUAGAGGCUGUGGUACACAUGAACCAGGAUGACCUGGCAAGAAUUGGCAUCACAGCCGUCACGCACCAGAAUAAGAUUUUGAGCAGCGUCCAGGCCAUGCGAACCCAAAUGCAGCAGAUACACGGCCGCAUGGUUCCUGUCUGAGCCAGUACUGAAUAAACUAAAAACUCUUGAAAUUAGUUUACCUCAUCCAUGCACUUUAAUUGAAGAACUGCACUUUUUUUACUUCGUCUCCACCCUCUGAAAUUAAGGGGAAAAAGAAAAUCUGCAGCGUUGCUUGGUGUACAGAUUGCGGAAACUGUGGGGCUCAUGGAAAUGACAACCCGUCAUUGGAAUUAGACUUGGAACAAAUUGUUUCUCAGAAGUACUUCUGUAAAAUACAUGUACCUGUAUAAAUAGAACAUCACCUCUGAGUUCUGAUGCUGUAUUUGCUGCCAGACACUGAGCUUCUCUGAGACACCCUUGCUCCUCUCUCUGUUUCAAAUGACGACUGUAGUAUUUUGUUUGUGGGAUAACUGGCAGGCAUCCCUCUUUCACUGGAAUGAAGACCAUGCCCUGGAACAUUUUUGAAGGACUCCGUUGUAGCUUUUAGGGCUUGGUUCAUACCAUGGAAAAAACCUAGGCGGAAACCAUGUAGCUCAGCAGUGGUAUUCCUUCAUGCUCUGUGGAAGCAUGGCUCAGGUCGCCUGGGGAUCACUAUUAAUAUGGGGGGCUGGAAAGAAAAGGAACGUGGAUUAUUAAAAACAAAAAACCCCAACACUGCUCC